AAGUUGGUUUGUUUGUGGAUCGCUGAAGGAUUCAUUCCAACAAUAAAUGAGUGGGAAUACCGUAUAGAUGCAGAAGUUGAAGCUCAAAAAUAUUUGAAUGAUCUUGUUGAUAGAAAUCUUGUGAUGGUGAUAAAAAGAAGAGCAGAUGGUCAAAUCAAAACAUGCCGGAUCCAUGACACAUUGCACGAGUUCUGCAAAAGUGAAGCUGCAAGGAAAAAUUUAUUCCUUGUAAUGGAUAGGGAGGAAAGGAUAGAUGAGAAUACUUGUUCAGCUCGACGUCUUUGUUUUCACUCUUUUACUACUGCAGACAUAUCUGAUGACCAAAAUAAAUCAUCUCGCUUCUUCCUCAAUUGGGAUGAUCAAAUGAGGAGUCUGUCAUCUCCAUUUGGGAAACAUAUUCAUUCUUUGUUUCUGUCUUCCCCACAAGAGAGUGAUGAGGUUCCUCUUACACGAGAUGAAUUAGCAGCCAUCCCAAACAUUUUUCCUCUUCUUAGGGUGUUGAAUAUUGAAUCCAUCAAGUUUAACGAUGGCUCGUUGCCAAAUGAGGUUUAUAGGUUAUAUCUUCUCAAGUAUAUUGCUAUCUCAGGCAGCAAUCUCAACCUCCUCCCAAAAUCAUUCAAAAAACUGGUUGAAUUGGAGACUUUAGUGAUCAAAACCACAGCAAGGGCACUAGAAAUUGAAGGAGGCAUAUGGAACAUGGAAAAGUUAAGACAUGUACGCACCAACACCUCUGCGCAAUUACCCUUUCCUCUAGAAACAAAUAGCAAAACUAACUCUGGAGGAAAACACAUCCACACACUUUCUACCAUAUCACCAGCAAGCUGCAUAAAAGAGAUCUUUAGCAAGACCCCCAAUCUCCGAAAAUUGGGUGUUCGUGGAAAUUUAUCACAACUUUUAGAGGAAAAGGAGAAUAUUUGCUUGUUCAACAAUCUUCAAAUGCUAAAGUGCCUCGUAAACUUGAAACUCUAUGGCGAGUAUGACAAAGUGUUAACGGUCCCAAUGCUAAACAAGUUUGCACGUAGGCUAAAAAAGUUGAGCUUCUCCGGCACAUUGUUUGAGUGGAAAGACAUGGCAGUAUUGGGGUCGUUGGAGGAGCUUGAGGUGCUGAAGUUGGAUGACUAUGCAUUCAAGGGGGAGAAUUGGGAACUAAGCAAUAAUGUUGUUUUCAGAAGGCUUCAAUAUUUGCGCAUUGGAAGGACGAAUCUAGUUACUUGGAAGGCCACAGAGAAUAGCUUCCCAGCUUUACAAAGUCUAAUCCUCAGAAAUUGCAACGUCAUAGAAAGAAUUCCAGAAGCGUUUGCUAAGGUACAUACCCUUAAGGUGAUGGAAUUAUUUCACGUUAGUGAAAGUGCAACUCAGUCCGUAAAAGAAGUACGAGAAAACAUAAAAAACAAUGGAUUCAAGCUCAUCAUAACCUCUCAUCAAAAGAGAGAGGGAGCAAUGACGGCAGGCAGGGACACACUGAUAGAGCUAGGGGUAAGGUGGGAGAUAAAUUAUCUGGUUGAUUAUGCAGCACGAGACUUGCAUCUUGAGAAUGGUGGCCUAGUGUGGGAAAUGAAAAUUUUGAUCUCCGAUAUCGAAACGUUUAAUGCUAGGCUCGAGGAAGCUUACGAGAACCCAACAGAAUCUGUCAAUGUUUUGAUUAUGAAGAACUUUCAAACUAUUGUGAAAGAAGCCUUGGAUGCGGUUGACCACGGGAUGACUGCGUAUUUCAACCAUAAAGACAACCAUAUCAGAAAAUUUUUGGUACCACGCUAUAGAAGAGAGGUCAAAUUCCGUGAGAGGGCGAUCCAGUCUAUUAGGACAAAGGUGAACACGAUUGACCAUGAACACAAAAAGGAACUUGAAAUCCUCUGCAACUAUGAAAAGAAUGCUCCGCUAGUUUUACAGAAAUCGACAAUGUAUGACAGAGCGAUAGAGGCUAUAGAGCAGGAGGUAAACAUGGUACACCAAAAAAUAGAAGACAAUGUCAACUGGGCUUGUGACAUAAUGUCUGAGAUAAUGGACAUGAUGACCACGUUUACGGAGUAUUUGGUGAAAGCUUGCAAGAACCCAAAGGCCAAUAAACACCGUGUUUUGAAAGUAAUAGUAAAAAAAUUCCAAAUAGUUGUGAAUGAAACCAUGAAUACAGUUUCCAAAUACUUUGCGCAGGAGAAGAAGCAUGGAAAUAAUGCCUUGGCAAAAUCUUUGGAUAAGAUUGCACAUUGUGGAAAGCCGAAUGCCUAUGCGAGUGAGAUCCAGUCCAUUAAGGAAAAAGUGAAAAGGAUUAGCGAAGACCACACUAAAGACCUUUUACACCUCUCGGAGAACUACUACGAACUUAGAGAUAUGCGACUUCCCAAGGCUGAAAAUAAUAUAGUGGGCUUUAUUGAUGAUUUGGAAACCAUAAAAUCUCGAAUUAUGGAAGCAUCCAAAGAAUAUUUUGUCAUCCCAAUUGUGGGGAAUGCUGGGGCAGGAAAAACUACAUUUGCCUUAAAGAUUUUUGAAGAUCCAGAAGUCAGGAAAAUUUUCACCCAUUGCAUUUGGCUUCACGUUUCACGAGGGUUUCAUAGAAAGCAAAAUUUCAUUGACAUUCUGCAUCAAAUUUCCAAGCAAACAGAAGACUUUAGCGCGGCGUUAUUAGAGGAUGAAACAGAUGUGUUGGAAGCUAAAGUAAAAGGAUUAUUAGAGGAUGAAAGAUACUUGAUUGUAUUGGAUGAUGUGCGGGAAAAAGAAGAUUGGGAUUUUUUAAAAGUUGCAUUCCCUACAAAUAUGAAAGGGAGUAGAGUCCUGGUAACCACCUGGAGUGGCAACACAGUUGAUUCUACCUGCAAAUCUCAUAGUUUAAAAAAGUUGAGCAAUAAUGAUGGUUGGUUGCUAAUAAAAAAUAAUGUUUUUGACACAGAGGGAGGGUGUGACACAUUAAUUGAAGAGCUAGGGAUAAAAAUAGCAGAAAAGUGCAAGGGAUUACCACACGCUCUAGUAUUGGUAGCAGGUAUCCUACGCAAUUGUAUAACUUUUGCUGGCUGGCAACAAGUGGCUGAUAAUCCGCUUCUAAAAGUUUACGGAGAAGACCAAAGUUAUCAUAAGCUAGUAUAUUUGAGCUACGAUGAUUUGCCUGAUGAGAUGUUGAAAAAAUGCUUCUUAUAUUUUGCAUAUUUUCCCAUGGGAUAUGAGAUUGUUGCUUGGAAGUUAAUUUGUUUGUGGAUUAGUGAAGGAUUCAUUCCAACUACAGAUAAGUGGGGCCCUUUGGACAAAGAAGUUGAAGCUUCAAAGUAUUUGAAUGUUCUUGUUAAUAGAAAUCUUGUGAUGGUGAAGAAAAGAAGUGCAGAUGGUCAAAUCAAAACAUGUUGUAUUCAUAACACAUUGCAUGAGUUCUGUAGAAGGGAAGUUGAAGGGGAAAAUUUCUUCCAUGAUGAGGGGCAAAGAUUAAAUGCAAGAAUUGAUUCUUCGUGGCGUCUUUGUUCCUACUACACUAUGGGCAUAUUUGAUCAUGUAGAAAACAAUAGUCCAUCUGAUUCAUUCUCCAAUCUCUUCAACAAAAGGAUGGGUAGUCCACAUCAAGUUGGUGACAAGCUUGAUUCUUUGUUGGUGUUCUCCUCACAAAAGAGUGAGAUUCAUUCACAAAAGAGUGAGAUUCAUUGGAAGCCAGAGGACUUGAAAACCAUCCUAAAAACCUUUCCAAACCUUAAGGUGUUGAAUAUUGAAUCACCCAAAUUUAGCUCACUACCAAAUGAGCUUUAUUCUGAAUACAGUUGUAUCAGGUAUCUUGCAAUCAGAGCUGAUAUCAGUUCCCUCCCCAAGUCAUUCGAACAUCUUUCAUGUUUGGAGACUCUAGUGAUCAAAACCACAGAAAGGUCACUACAAAUUAAUGGAGGCAUAUGGAACAUGGAAGAACUAAGACAUGUGCACACCAACACCUCUACGCAACUGCACUCUCCUCCCAAAACAGGCAAGCAUGACAGUAAACAAACAAAUAUCCGCACACUUUCUACCAUAUCACCAGGAAGUUGCACAAACAAGAUCUUCAACAAGACCCCCAAACUCAAAAAAUUAGGUGUUCGCGGGAAUUUAUCACAACUACUCCAGAAAAAGAAAAAUGUUUGCUUGUUCAACAAUUUACAAAUGCUAGAAUGCCUUGAAAACUUGAAGCUUCAUGGCAACUCUGAGAAAGUAAAGUUGAAGGUCCCAAUGUCCGAUAAGUUUCCAAGAAGACUAAGAAAGUUGACCUUGUCUGGUACAUUGUUUCAAUGGAAUGACAUGACUGUAUUGGGAUUGCUAGGGAGGCUCAAAGUGCUCAAGUUGGAUGAAAAUGCCUUCUCCGGGGAACAUUGGAAUCUAAGCAGUGAUGUUAUUUUCAAAGGGCUUCAGUAUUUGCGCAUUGGAAAGAUGAACCUCAUAACUUGGACAGCUGUGGACUCAGAGAAAAGCUUUCCAGUUCUAGAAACCCUGGUUCUCAGGAAUUCUAUUUCCCUACAAAAUAUUCCACAAGAUUUUGCUAAUGUGGACAACCUUAAAGUGAUAGAACUGUUUGACGUGAGUGAAACAGUGGCUGAUUUUGCAAGACAGAUUUGUGUGAAAAGGCAUGGCAAAACAAAUGUCAAAAUCAAUGGAUUCAUCACUCCUCUUUCGUCACAAGCAACGGUACAUAACUUGGCGUAUGAGAAUGGAUAUGUCAACACCAGUAGAUUCGACUAUCCUAGCACCUCUAUUAAGUCACAAGAAAUUGAACAUAACCAAAGCAUAUGGGGAUGAAAAUGUCAACACCAAUGGAUUUGAGCACCCCAGGCCAGCACCUCGAUCUACUUUGUCAGAAGAAAUUGUAAGUAUAUUGUCCUGCCCUUUUCAACCAUACAACAUAAUCUUUAGGGAAAUUUGAAUUCCAAAGUGUAUAAAAUUAAUUAUAAAUGCUAUUAGAUUGAUGUUUUGUGGU